AACACAUGGAAAUGAGCGCCAUCUUGAAAAUCCGAACUUAAAAGUCAACGUAAUUUCUAUUUAUGGAAAAGCGUAUGUAGAAUUUAUCAGAUUAAUUUCAUGCUUAGUUUUCAGUUCGGCUACCAUAAAGAAAAUUCUGAAAAUAAUAGCAGAAGAAUCUGUAUUUUACAUAAGGACCAACCAUUGCCGCUACAUGUACAUGGUAUUUAAAUGUGUUGUUGAUUAAUUAUAUAUCUUCUGAACUGAGAAAAAGAAAAAACAAAACAAAAUGGUGGACGUAGAUAAAUUCAGUGAUGCAGAGCUAAGGACCAAAUUGAUGGAAUUUGGAUUCCCGGCGCUUCCCAUCACUGGAACAACUCGUAAAGUUAUGGUGAAAAAGUUGAAACUGCUCAUGGAAAAUAAGAAUUCAAAGAAUGUCGACAAUAGACGAUCACUGGGAAAGUACUCGAGUGAGGAUGACAGUGAUAACGAAGUCAAAGCCGUUAGAAACAGAAGAAGAGUUACGAUGGCUGCUCCACCUAUGCAACCGCCUGCCAAUCCCCCUACUCUUAAGAAAACAACAAGAAUCGUUGAAACCACCAUAGAGGAAGAUAUUCCCAAAGCUCCAUUGGCGAAUGUUACUUCUACAAGAACAUCUAGGAUUAUCAAGAAUGUCCAGAACGAAUAUGAUACUGGUUCAGAUUCAGAAUCUGAGAUCAUAAGAAGCAGUCAGAUAUCUUCAUCAGCUGCUGAGAAAAGCAGUGGGAAACAGUUCCAAUUCACCUCUUCUUUCAAUAGUGCUGGUAGUUCCUUGAGGGAAUCUCCGAAAAAAUCUUUGGACACCUCUUAUAGUAGGGCAUUUUCGUCCACAGAAAAACCAGUUGCUUUCUCUUCACCAGUUUCUUUAGAAUCUUCUUCGGAUAGGCUCAAUCAAAUAAGAUCUAGGAUUUCUGUAGGCACAACAGGGCUUGAUAGAUCCACUUAUUCAUCUCCGACAGUAGAAAAUAACUGGGCCCCUACCGAGAAAGAAGAAACACCUUUCUUGUCCAACUUUACGAAAAGGUUAUCUCAGUUGUCUGCCUCAAAAUAUAGAAACGAAGUUAUUAAGGAGCAAGAAACUAACGGAGCGACUUCUUAUCUGAGAAAUCCCCAAUAUACCAGUUCAAGAUCAACGCUGAGACCGAGGGAGUUCCACGAUUACGGAAGGUCCAAUCACAAUGAGGGAAAUUUCCUGAAAGACAACCUGGUGCCUUUUACCGUGCUGCUCGUAGCCGUAUUGUUCUUUCUUUUCGUGGGUUUCAUCUAUCUCGGUAUGCGAUCGGAGACCAGCCUCGAAACAACCGGUGUGAAAGCUCCCAUAUGCGAUUUCAACAAAAAACCGAACGACGUCAGAGGCGUGAAUUGCGUGCUGGAGGGAGACGUCGAGAAGGCCAUAAAUUUACUGAAACCACUCAAGGCCGAGUUGAAGGAGAGGGCUGUGACGAAGUAUUGCGACAAUUCCGAGAUCAAGGAUCGUAUGGUGGAGCAGGACGUCGUCGAUUUCGUCAAGAAUAAGUUUAAAUUUCAGGACGAGUCGAGGAUAUUGACCGAUCUGAGAAAUUUACAAGUCCUGGCAUUAAAAAACCCCUCUUGGGGCAUCACUAUAACUCAAGCCGGUCUGAAGGAUGAAAUAAAUGAGAAAAACAUUGUAAAAACUUUGGACAAAUUGGGCUUCGAUAGGGUCUCCCAUCCCAUCUCUCUGACCGUCCUCCAUCCGGACAUACCGUGGUCGUGCAGCAUGGCCAAAACGUUUUAUACCUUCAUCAGGACCGUACUCAUCCUAUCGGGUAUCAUGGGGGCCUUGUACGCCUCGAAUCUGGGCUACAAGAGGUACAACCUGUACCAGAAGAGACGCAGGAACGAGAUCAUAGGGUUGGUCGAGAAGAUCCUGGAGGUGCUGCAGAGUUCCGAGGGUGAGGACAAUUACUACGUCAUCAACCACGUCAGGGACAUGAUCAUCCCGGUGACCGAAAGAAAAGCCAAGGACAAUAUAUGGAAGAAGGCGGUGGAGUUCAUCAACGAGAACGAAUCCAGGGUGAGGACGGAGAUCCAGGUGGUGCAGGGUGAGGAAUACUUGGUGUGGAGAUGGGUGGGCAGCAGCAACCUCAGUAUCAACGCUUCGAAAACGAACAAAUCCUGGCAGGGUCAGGCGUUCGAGACCCAGACGGGGGCGGUGAACAGCCUGCUGUGCUCCCCCACGCCUUGCCUUAAGAUUAGGGGCAUGGUCGAGGAGGGCGACCGGAACACGACCGUCAUAAGACAGGCGGUGCUCGGGAAAUGCGCCUCCAAGUGCAGGAUCCUGCACUGCGCCGUCGACACCAAGAUGAAGUGCGUCUACAUGAAGUGCGUGGACACUCAGGACGCGGCCGUGGCCUACCAGAAUCUACACGGCUGGUGGUACGCCGGACAACUGGUGACGGUGAAAUACGUGAGGCUGGAGAGGUACAUGCAGAGAUUUCCGGAUUCGCCCACCACCGGGCCCCCAUACCUUAACGACAAGUGGACCAGUUAAAAGUACUUCUGAAAAUGUCGGAGUAUCUUUUUUUUAUUUGAGUUUCGCAAGUUUGAAGACUAUGGGUUGGUUUAUAUCGUACCAGAACUAAUACUGAAGACGCUGAUUACUUUUUUUUUUUUUGUACUCAUGUAUUUAUUGACCUUAAGUUAUUGUUUACGGUUUAACUUUGACUGAACGAAUCGUAGACCCCCAGUUCUUUAUUAUUGACCAAUUAGGAUAAUGAGGAUAUUGUUUCAUUGAAUUUAUUAAGAGUAUGAUAGACUAAUUUUGUUGUAUGAAAUGAACAAGUUGUUACGUUUCUCGAUUAUCUAAAUUGAUGUUAGGAUUCUCUCUUUAGCAGCUAUUCCCUUGUUUGUGGGCAACGAUCGGAUAGGAAUUUUAACAAUUGUUGUAUUUUAUUACGGACUUUCAAUAAAUUGUAUUUGUGAUA